UCUGUUUACUUUGUAAUGAUCAGCGUGACAGUAUGGUUUAUUAUGUUCCCGCUCUGCCCCGUUCAACCGAGCGCACAGCUGGGGACUACCCCCAACAUUAAACACAUUGUGGUUGGAAGGUGCUACAAUUACAUCACAGUAGUUAACCCCAGUUUGAGGUUUGACUGCGAGGACAUCUGGAGACAGUUUGAGGAGUCGGUUAUACGUCAGUCCUCUUUCAACGUGACGGUGGAUUAUCAUCAGAUGUUUCAUGCGACUCCACAAAUGUGGCCUUGUGACAGGUGUCUCUUCUGGAGUAAAACCAGGAGGCUGGUGCACAGCUACACCGCUGUUGAACGUGACAUCUGGACCCUGGAGGACACGCUGGUUGGCUACAUGUUCAACGACCUCGUCUGGUGUGGACAAGAGGAAGACUCCGGUUUUGAUUUCAGUUCGUGUCCGGCGUGGGCGGCAUGUAGACAUCACCCGGUGUAUUCCUUGUGGAGGCAAGCCUCACAAAAUUUUGCAGAAAUGGCAUGUGGCAACAUCACUGUGUUACUGAACGGGUCUAUUUCCAACGCCUUCAAUAGGAAAAGCAUGUUUGGAAGUGUUGAACUGGACGGUCUGGACCCACGCAGGCUGGAUUAUGUCAACAUAAAGGUGGUGACCGAUCUAGAGGGACCUUUUAUAGAAUCAUGUCAUCAGGGAUCCGUUGUAGACCUGAUCCAGAUCCUCCGGUCCAGAGGUUUCAGUUGGACUUGCACGGACAACGAUGAGACCCUGAUGAUCCUUCAGUGUAUCCAGAACCCCAAACAGUCCUCAUGCCAGAAAUGUGCAAACAGCUUCUCCCUCAGAAGCAGCCUCACGUUUAACUGA